AUGCGGCUACUCAACAUUUUAAUUGUAUUCUCGUUAAUAUACUGUGUUUAUGGAGCAAAAGGUAAUAUUAAGUCGUUAACAGAAUCUUUUGGACAGGAGAUCAUUGAAAUUGGCCCGCCAGUUAAAGGUUUACCUCCAAACGUUGAUGAGGAGCCAUCAGCUGAGGUUGACGAUGAUGAUGUACCGGUCUCAACCCUCGCACCCUCACCUGGAACCAAGAAGGAGGUCCGAAAGCUCGAGAGUCGUUACAAAUCGAAAGAUCCUGAUACUGAUGAGGAUGAAAUCAAAAUAGAACGGGAAUUAGCAGAGAUAUACAAGGAUACUACAGAUUACAAAGAUACAUUGGACGUAGAUAAAAAAGGGAACAAACCAUCUAACACGAGCAGUAGUGUUAACAAGACCAUACCUGAGAAGCCGAUCGGUAGAGCCAAAAUGAAUUUCAAGUUUCAACCGGAUUUGGACAAUAGGAAAGAGAUAGAGAAGUUCAGGACUUCAGUCGAUGAGAUCAGCUGCGACCGAGCUGCCACCAAGAGGCUGCAGGACGAUGAAGGGGAGAAGAGCCUUCCAGACGCCGCGUUCAAGAUGUGCGCAGACGCCGUACUACUCAUAAUUACUGUACUAAUUACGUCAACUUAAAUAUAAUUUAGAGCAUUUUGUAGAAUUAAAUUCUUAAUACU